AUGGAGAGAGAAAGCUCGAAAGAGAUCACUCCACGGAAAAGGGUCGCAGUAGCCUGCAGUAGAUGUCGCCUCCGCAAGUACAAAUGCGAUGGAGCAAAGCCAAGCUGCUCAACCUGCUCUUCUGCCAAGCAUUUGUCAAUAGUUUGUACCUACGAAACCAGCAACAAGAAGCGCGGUCUGCCAGAGGGCUACGUACGUGGCAUGGAGAAGCUGUGGGGCAUCGCAAUGCGCAAGAUCGAUAGAUUGGAGGAACUCCUGCUCUCGGUGUUGAACAAUGAUCAGGACCCGCUGCUACAAGCCUGGAAUGACAAUUCCUCGGGCCCCUUGCGCGUGUGGAGGAAAAGUCGCUUAGCACGUGCGCUGGAUCGACAUUUGCCUAUUUUGGAAUUGAAUCGUGAUAGUGCAGGGAAACGGAAGCGAUAUAUCGCGUUCUCGGACGCAGAUGAAGAGGGAGAUGACGAACGAGACGAAAGACAGAAAGAGGGAUAUGGGGACUCUAGUUUUCAAGUUGAGGAUAUGAUCGAUCUUCCCGACGCAUUGACGACGGAGGGAAACAAUAUCAAUUCCCAACUAGAUGAAUUGGGGCCACAGCCAACAAUAGAGCCACCAAGACAACUUCUUCCUGCACCAAUAAGCGACAGGUUACCACCAUGCAUUGACCACCUAGUCAAUGUUUAUUUCUCAUACACUCACUGCUGGUUCCCAAUCCUAGAAAAACAUGAGAUUCGUCGACUUGUGUAUUGGUACUCGAGAAAUGGCCAUUCGAAUGGCGAAAAGGCCCCAUAUGAGGCAUUAGAGGUUAUCCUAUGGGCAAUUUCUGCCCUUGUUACCCAUCAAGUGUCUCAAUCAGAAUUGUGGUCCAAGAAUUGCGGGCUCCACAACCCUACAGCGGAUCUUGUAGGGCUUUAUUACCAGAAGACCCGAAACCUGAUUCCAGCGGAAGAGGACGAGGCCAGUUUCCACCUCGAACAUGUGCAGGCUUUACUUAUCCUGGUUCUUCUGAAUAUCGGUCACGGGGAGUGGUCUGCCGCUUGGCUCCUCGUUGGCAAAGCAAUUCAGAUGGCUAUAACUCUGGGUUUAGGCCGUGGCCCUCAGUGUCCGCCUUCGAAGGAGCGUCAUUCGAGAUCACUUCACGUAUUUUGGGGUUGCUUUGUGCUAGAUACAAUGAUUAGUGCCAGGAUCAAACGAAUGCCGCGUCUUAGACCUGAAGAUAUUAAUGGAAUGGCUUUUCUGUGCGAAGAGGGAGAUGAGGAGUGGGACUCAUUGUCGGAUUGCUUGCAGGCAUAUAAAGAAAAGGAGAACACAACCCAUCCUCUAUUUAUCUUGAGCACAUUCAACCGAUUAAUCGAAAUAUGCAGGAUUUUAAACAAUCAUUGCGUGUCUCAACACCAUUCGAGGACUGAAUGUUCGAGUUUUUCUUCUUCUGGACGGCAGCUUAUAAAGAACCUUAUGGAUUGGAACAGCAGUCAAAGAUCCACACCCAAGUUCGAUGCGCAGUCUCGUGAUUCUACUGCAUAUUUGCAUCAUUAUAAUAUCCAAUUAAUAUACCUUCUGUCAUUGAUGAUCAUCAACCAAAGCAUGCAGCGGGAUCAUGCCGAGAAACAUUUAGAUACAAGCAACAACGUACAUGGUGGCCAUCCCAUGGGAAGGCUGGGUUUAUUAGUCGUCAGUCUUUUACAGCAGCAAUCAGAAAGACACAGCCUUUUGGUUGUUCCCCCUACCUACGCAUUUAUAUCCGAAGACUUCAUUGGCCAUUCUGAAGCAGCGGUUGACCAUACAACUUCGUAUACAGCGGUGUUCCCUGACCUACUCAAGGUAUGGCCAGGAUUUAGAGGACAGGCUCGUCGUCAUCAUUCACUAGGCAACACCAGUGAUUCAAUGUUGCAGCCAAGUACAAACACUCUUCAACAAAACUUACAAGGGGAAUAUUACAUUCCAAUGGGGAUUACCAAUGGAGAAGUUUCAAAGUCAGGACCUUUCAGAUUGAUGCAGCACGAACCACAACUAGGCCGGUAUGAAGGAUUAUCGGUUGGCGAUAAUUCCUCAUUGUCAGAAGUGGAUCUUCAUUCUGCUUUUGAUGAGCUUGUUACCAUGGAUACAACUUACUGGACGAGUAGCUGGCGCCAAGGACUAGCUAAUCUUGGAUUCACAGACGAUGACCAAAUAAACGAUUUCUGCAAUUUUUCUUGAACUCAGAAGCGAGAUGGUAUUGAUUAUUACCAUUCUGAUCAGAAAAUUUGACGAAUUAUAAUAUAGGCAAGAUCAAGGUCAGGUUGAUCAGAAAUGAAUUUGAUGAUGGUCGGGAUUUAUUCCGGUUUUGUAGCUCUUCCACAUGGCCGAGCCCUGAUCUACAGUAGUUGAUAAACAUAACUUGAC